AUGCACAUUACCUACGGGAUUCAUAGAUAUUUGAUUACAUAGUUCAAUGUGCACAUAGAGGCGCUGAUGGAUGAAAACGCCUAAAACGACGCGAUGUCACGCGAUGUGAUCGCUCUCAGGUUCCUCUUUGCCUAAGAAAUUAUUGAUCUUAGGAAACUUAUUAUUUUCUGUAUUGGCAAUUUUGAAUACAAUAUUUAGAAAAAUUUAUUUCUCGUGGCACCCCGAGUUGAAGGAGGAAAAGAGAAGGGGUAACGACCCUCCUAGUUUCAUUGGUCGAUCGUAAAAAGUUUUCAAAGUUCUCUUCACCAUUGAGAUUAUUCAAGAAUGUAUGUGUCACAUCUCAAAGCAUUAUAAAAAAUUUAAACAUUUCAUACAUUGUUCUAUUAUUUGAGUAUCUAUGUAAAAUUGAAUAUAAUUCUCUUAUUGGUUUAAGUUACUUAAUUUUUUGUUUGCUUUUGAUUCUCUGAUGUAAAAUAACGUUUUGUAGUUAAUUUGUAAAUUAAUGAAAAAGUAGCAUUACGAAUUAAACUUUUAUAAAUUAAUAAAUUUUUAAUAAAUAUCCGUGGAAAAAUUCACUUGAAUCCACUUACUCAUUUAAGUUAUUUAUCUAAAAUUGCAGCAAAAUAAAAUCAUUUUUACAAUAGAAAUCAUUAAUCAAAUUCCAUUUUUCCUUGCAGUUGGUUUUAGAACCAAAAUAUUCACGAUCACAAUUUUUUGUUGUUAAAUAAAAAUAAUAAAUUUAAGCCAGUGGUUUUUAAAUUUCCGUAACUUUUAGAAUAGAUAGAAAUGAUAUUUUAGGGCCAAAGUAAUCCUGAAAUUUCAGCUCCAUCACGACACGGAAACAAGAUGGAGAAUCGUUCAAACUCAUCCUUGGGGCAACGAGAGACGUACGAUAUACGUCCCGAAUCGUCGAAGAACACGCAGGAGCGCAAAGCGAUAUCAUACCUGGAAAGAAAAAGAAUUCACGAUAUUGUUGACUUUUUGCUCGGCGAGCUUUUGGUGCGUCGACCCUAUGAUCCCUAUGAAUACAUGAUCCAACUGCUGGACAAACGUAUCUUAGCUCGCGAUGGCCUCGUCGAUUUUCCUUCUCCUUUCUGCUCCCGGGACAUAAUAAGACAGGCAAAACAGACGAGACAGAAGAGAGAGGUCGAGCUGCCCACAGUGUCGGAAUCAACGACCAAUGAAAGACAGACGAGGAAGUUUUUAACGGAAAAACGCUGCUUAUGUUCUAAUUUUAAAAGCACACCGUAUAAAUAAAGAAUAGAAUUAUGAAGUAAAAAUUUACGUGGAUGGAAGCAUUCAAUUUUCAAGAAAUUAUUCAAAAGUACAACAUAUUUGUUUUUAUGUCUUUAUUUACUUAACUAAGAAGUUAGAAGAAAAAUCCCAGUAUUUUUCCUCCAAGAUGUUUCCUCCUUGCUUCCUCGUGAUCCAUGAUUCCUCCGCUAGUUGUC